CAAUAAAAUUAAGUACUCAAUGUUCUUGUUCCAAAAUAUGAAGCGAUAAGUCCAUUUGAAUCUAUAUCAAUAUCAAAAUAAAAAAAUAAAAUAAAGGUUUAUAAACUUCCGGUACAAAUUCAUCCAUUAUAUCUCUUAUUUAAAUAAAUUUUAUAGUAGUGGCAACAUCUUAAACGCCCCUUUUAACGCAAAAUUAUAUGGAAAAUAAAUAGUAUUUUAGCAAUACAAUUCUAAAGCAUUUUUAUUUUAAUACAAAAUCUUCACAAUUCAGGGCUAUAAACGCGAAAAUCGAAGUUAGUCAAUAACGGGCAUUUAUCUCUGUCACUCUAAUUACGUCUUAGUGAGAGUAAAAGAGAAAGAUCCCCACAAUUUGCGAAUUUCGGUUUUCGCGAUAGGCCCCCAGGAUAUUAAGUAAUCGGUAAAAAUUUAAUUAUUAUUAUCAUAAUUUUGAGAAAAGGAGUGUUUUUUUUAUUGUAGCCAUAAUAGGUUGCCAACUAAAUGUUUUCACUUAUUCAAAAAUAAAGUGCUUGGUAAAACAUUACUAAAGCACUUUGGAAUCAUCUCAAAAUAUGUUUUUAUAAUAUUAACUAAGAGUUUAUUUGAUUAACUGAACGCAUUGCGAACGUUUAACGUGUGGGAGCACAAUUAAAAAGCUUGCAACACUCCUCGCUAGUAAACGUCAUUUUUAAUGUUACCCGACCCGUUUCUCGAGUCAUACUUUUCAACAUUAGAAAGAGAUACCUACUGCAAAUAGCUCAAGAGUAAAAGGGACAAACUUCUUCUGACCCUUGAACCGACAAUAUUAAAUUUGUUCGCAUUUAAUUUAAUCAACGGGCAACGGCUGCUUUGAUUUCGUAUAACCGUCGAAAUUGUAAAACGUUAAUUCUUAUAAACAGAGUGUGAUAUAUCGUACUACGAGUGUAAAAACGGACAUUAAUUAAAAUGAAGUCCGCCAAAUCGAAACAGAAAAUCAACGAGAUGCGUACGCCGGCGCGGAGUAAGCAAAACGUGAACGGCGAGCGCGAUCCUGUGCAAGUUUUCUGUAGAUUACGCCCGAUGCAACGAGACUCCGAUAUCCCGUGCAUGAAGAUUAUUUCCCCGACAACAGUACUCCUAACUCCACCAGCAACGGCUUUGAGCUACAGAUAUGAGAACAACAAGUCGAUGAAAUACACUUUCAGAGAAGUUUUCCCUCCUGAAACAUCGCAGAAAGAAGUCUUCGAUAAAGUUGCAUAUCCGCUUGUAGAAGGCCUAAUCAAAGGUAAAAAUGGUCUAUUAUUCACUUACGGCGUCACCGGCAGCGGGAAAACCUUCACAAUGACCGGCGAGCCCCAAAACUGCGGAAUUUUGCCAAGAUGUCUGAAUAUCUUAUUUAAAACUAUAAACGAAUGCCAGGCGCAUAAAUACGUGUUCAAACCUGACAAAAUGAAUAUGUUUGAAAUUCAGUCUGAGGCGGAAGCCAUGUUGGAAAGACAGCAGGAGCUACAUAAAUUCAAAAUGGGGAAGAAAACCAACUCGAACCCAGACUUAGCAAUGGCUUCGAUGGAGGUUACAAAGGUUGAAGGUUUGAAUGAAGACAACCAGUAUGCAGUGUUUGUUUCAUAUGUAGAAGUCUACAAUAACAGUGUCUUUGAUUUACUGGAAGAUGGACCGCCGGUGUCCAAAAAUUUACCUGCCAAAAUCAUCAGAGAAGAUGCAGCAAAGAACAUGUAUGUACAUGGUGUUACUGAGAUUGAAAUUAAGUCUGCAGAGGAGGCAUUUGAUGCAUUCUAUUUAGGCUUGAAACGGAAAAGGAUGGCUCAUACAACUCUUAAUGCGGAAUCAAGUCGGAGUCAUUCGGUUUUCACCAUCAGGCUGGUGCAGGCACCCGUAGAUGAGGUAGGUGAGGCUAUCAUACAGAAUAAGAAGUUUCUAUCCAUCAGCCAAAUAAGCUUGGUUGACUUAGCUGGCAGCGAAAGGACAAAUCGGACGAAAAAUACUGGGCAGCGGUUACGAGAGGCUGGCAAUAUUAAUAAGUCGUUAAUGACGCUCCGAACGUGCCUGGAAGUGUUACGAGAGAACCAAGCUACUGGGGCAAAAAAUAUGGUACCAUACAGAGAGUCCAAGAUCACUCACCUGUUCAAAAACUUCUUUGAAGGAGAAGGGCAGGUACGUAUGAUUGUAUGUGCUAACCCGAGAGCAGAGGACUAUGAUGAGACGCUUCAAGUUAUGAAGUUUGCUGAAAUGGCAGCAGAAGUAGAAGUAACUAAAGCCCAAGUCAACGAUAUUGCAGCCUCUAUUGGCCUGGUAUCUGGUAGGCGUAAGGCUAACAGACUAUUUGCAACAGCCAGAGACAAUUUAGGUCGACCUGAUGCUAAAGAGUUGGAAUUAGACCUAGGUCUUGUGUAUAGCCUUGGCCCAGACUUCCCAAGUCUAGAACUGAAUAGCUCACAAGCUGGCCACAUUAUUAAAGAACUCAUGGCCCAUUUGGAGAUGCGGUUAGAUCGGAGAGAAACCUUGAAACGGAGUAAAGCUUUGAAAGAUGAGAGAUUCAGAGCUGCUCUUAUAGACAUAGAGAAAGAGUCUCUUGAAGUAAGAGGAGAGAAUGCUGCUUUAAGAGGACAGCUAGCAGCAUCUGAACGCAGAAUCAGAGCUCUAGAAGACCGGCUGACAGCUACUGAGAAUGAAGCGACUUCUAACAAACGGAAACUGAAUGAACUGACUGAAUACACAAGCACACUGAAAAGGGAGCUGCAAGAUAAAGAGCUACAGCUAAGCCAGAAUAAGCUAGAGAAAGAGAAAAUGAAGCGCAUCUUAGAAAGAAAAUACAAUCACAAGAUAGCAGCAGAACAUGAGCGGGCAAAAGAAAUACAUACUGAAAAAGAGAAAUUACGCAAUGCUAUAGAAGAUAAGGAGAAUCGCUUAAGGAUUAUAGCUGAAGCGUUAGACAGAGGUGAUAUAGAGCCGAAGCAUACUGGAGAGUUUGCAGCACAGACUAGUGUAAGAGACUACACUCCAGGGUCGACACCUAGAGCUUUACCAGCGCACUUACUAACUCCAUUCAGCUCAGUACCUCAUACUCGGGAAACUAGAGACACACCAGCAUCGUCUCGACGCGGUGUAGCCAUUGCCAACCCUAGGCACCGUCGUUCAUUAUCCGCCGACGGUCGAGGUUGGAUUGAACAUGCUCCAAACAAACUCGUCCCAAUGGGUACCGUUAUGAAACCUUCCAUAAGUAACAGCAAAGUAGUCAACAAGCUAACAACAGUCAAAGACAUAGCUAAUUCUAAAGCAUCGAAAUACUGCUUAAUAUCUCAAGAGCAAGACACAGAUGGAGAACUAGAAACAAAGCUGUACAAAGGCGAUGUUGUGCCAACUUGCGGCGGUGGCGCUCAAGUUAUUUUCAAUGAUGUAGAAAUGCUAAAACAGUUCUCUCCGACUCGGGAAUCAAAUAGGGAGUCGGCUAAUACUCAGAGAACUUCAGGAUGCGCCAGACAUUCAGGAAAGAGAAGAGAGACAACGCAUUCGCCGCCGCAAACUCCUUCUAAUACUAGCAAGAAACAAAGGGUAGAUGAUGAAUGAAUAUGUGUUGAAAUUGUGACAGGCGAGGUUGUAGUAGGAUGAUUUGUGGUAUAGAUAUUUCAUAGUAGAGAAAGACUUGGCAUAUAUCACAUAAUUUUUUUCGGGCAUAAUAUAGUGUAAAAAUUUGAGAGAUUCACAUAAAUUUAAAGUAAAAUAUGCCAAAAUCUGACACUCUUCGGUUUAAAGAAUUUUUUUUUAUUUCUCAUAAGAAUUUUUUACAAUUCACUUACAUGAGAAUUAGGAGUAAAUAAGUUAACAAUGUACGGGUGAGCGUAUGCAUGCAUAUUUACAUUCACACAAUAUUAACAAGUGCCUUAAAUUACCUUAAAAUAUAUACAUAUCUACAGUUUUCAUUUAGUGUAACUACACAAAAGGCAAAACAUUAUUUCUGCACUAAAUGCUCUUCUGCUAUAUAUUAAAAUCCAUGAAUAUUGGUCCCUGUCGUUUUCUAUCGUCGUUUUUUUUUUUUUAUACUACGUCGGUGGCAAUCAAGCAUACGGCCCGCCUGAUGGUAAGCAGUGUCCGUAGCCUAUGUACGCCUGCAACUCCAGAGGCGUUACAUGCGCGUUGCGACCCUAAACCCGCCCCCCCCUCGUUGAGCUCUGGCAACCUUACUCACCGGCAGGAACACAACACUAUGAGUAGGGUCUAGUGUUAUUUGGCGUCGUCGUCGGCUGUCGUUUUUACUACUCAAUAAAAAUAAUAAAGCAAAAUGUGUUUUGUUUAAUAAAUCAAACGCAUUUAUACUGAAUAUACAAAAUUUGAAAGAUCUUACGGGGUCGAGACAAAUCUCACGACUUCUCACCAGCGGGAAUGGGGGGGGGGGGCCUAAAAACCCUCAAAAACUGCGUAAUUAAUGGACGCCCCCUAAAAUCAAAGUGAAAAUAUGAACAAAUCAGCCUACGUCCACCUUGCUUUAAAUAAUAGUGUGUUGUAUUGAAUUGUGGCAAAUAAACACAUGCUUUACUUGUUUGUUAAGAUCUUCAAUAUAUAUAAUUAAAGCGCAUUUUAUACAUUGUGGUCUUGAGAUACUUGGCAGAUUUUCAUAAUUUAUUUUAUUUUAUUUUGGUUCAUAAAACAAUUUUUAUUUUGCUUUCGUAUGUUAACCAUCCCUAUGAUUGGAGCUUGGUAUAUGUAAUAAAGUUGUACAUUUAAUUAAUUUAAAAAAUAAUUUACAUCUGGUUACCUAAACAGGAUAAAUAAAAAGUAAGCUACUUUAACCUUUUGAACGCCAAGAACACCUUAAUGUUGUUGUUACUAGUUGUGCCCACAGCGCCAAGGACAACUAUAGGCGUUAUGGCGGAUGCUGUCAAAGUAUCUUUGGCACUUUCAAGUAAGGUUUACAUUAGCUCGCUUGGCGUUAAGUGUCGUCUUUAGUCAAGACGUAAAGUUUUCAAAAGGUUAAUAUUAUAUAAGUUUCUUGAUUAUUUUAGGGUUAGGAUACCAAAACACUGUUAUGAUCUGUCAGGUUACUUAGAGCCAUGGUGUAUAAAUUUGGAGGAAA